CGAAUCCACGGACAGCCCAUAUGGUGUGCUGCAUGCUGGAUUUUCCCGACUGUCGUUUGUGGAGAAGCAUUAGAGGCACAAAGCGGUUUUUUGCUCAUAUUUCCUUUCACUUGACUGUAUUUAGUAAUAUUAAACGGAAGCAAAAUGCCUAAAGGAGGUAGGAAAGGGGGUCACAAAGGGCGCAUGAGGACGUACACAAGUCCAGAAGAGAUUGAUGCACAGAUGAAGGCUGAGAAGGAACGUAGGAAGCAAGAUGAGGAGGAUGAUGAAGCAGUAAAUGAUGGUGAAGCAGAAGAAAAGCGACAGGAGUCUGGAUCUGAAGACAGUGAAGACGAAAGCUCUCAGAAAAGAAAAGGGGUGGAAGGUCUGAUUGACAUUGAGAACCCCAAUCGAGUGGCCCAGAAGUCAAAAAAAGUGACAGAAAUUGAGCUGGAAGGGCCCAGACAGCUUUCCAGAAGGGAAAGAGAAGAAAUCGAGAAGCAGAAGGCUAAGGAGAGGUAUAUGAAGAUGCAUUUAGCUGGCAAAACGGAUCAAGCCAAAGCGGACCUAGCACGUUUGGCCAUCAUACGAAAACAACGGGAAGAAGCGGCGCGCAAGAAAGAGGAGGAGAGGAAAGCAAAGGAAGCAGUGGCUGCAGCAGCUGCGGCAGCCAAAGGACUUCAUACCCUGUCUCUUAAAUGAUAGACACCAUGUGAGGGGGACACGCACCUGCAGUUGUGGACUGAGGCAAAAUACAAGUCUGCUUAUGUCAUUUUUCUAAUCCGAGGCCACCUAUCGAGAGGAUUUAAUGUGUGUUAUAAUUUAUGGCCAUUUGAACCUUGUAGAUGAGAGGCAUUAUUCUGUGGGUUUCGUGGAUUUCAUGCCCGACCGCAGCCAACGGUCCUGCCCAGACUCUGCUCUUCUGUUUGCCUUUGCGAAAGUUUCGCAAGGAAUACCCUCUUCAGUCUUUAAAUCACAAGACAGGUUAUAUAUCCUCAUCUGUUGCUGUUCCGUAUUUAGUGGAUUUUUAUUCACAUCUGCCCUAUUUCAAUGAGUGUGAACUAUAAUGAAUUUUUAAUGUCAGUAUAUCAAUAUUGCGGGAUAAUAAUUUAUAAUACAUACUUCAGAUAUCUCGUAUCAUUUUCUUCCUUUGAUAAGAACAAGAUCAUGGGAGUUGCACGCAAACAGCAACCCGCUACGCGACACUACGUUUAAAAUGGAUACAUGCUGUUAAAUAAAGAGAAAACGGGGGA